AUGGCCAUGACGUGGUCAUUCUCCGGCAUAACCACCUUUGCCCAUCUCAAACACGUCAAAUGCCUGACUACGCCCAGCGAGAAGUUUGAUAUUGCCAUUGUUGGGGCGCCGUUCGAUACAGCGACUUCUUAUCGGCCUGGCGCCCGCUUCGGUCCCCGCGCCAUCCGUCAAGCAUCAAGCAGACAAACCUCCUUCCGCGGCUUCAAUCCCCGCGCAGGCAUCAACCCGUACGCGAGCUGGGCGACCAUCAUCGACUGUGGUGAUAUCCCUAUCACGCCAUUUGACAAUGCUGUGGCGCUGGGGCAGAUGUCUGAGGCUUUUGUUGAGCUGGGGUCGAGAAGUGCUCCCCUGGGUGAGAAGGUGAAGGGGAAGGGGAAGGGGAAGAGGAAGCCAAAGUUGAUUACUCUCGGUGGUGAUCACAGCUUGGCGCUGCCGGCGUUGAGAGCGUUGAAGAAGGGAUAUGGGAGGGAGGUGAGGGUUGUGCAUUUUGAUGCCCACCUCGACACCUGGCACCCAGCCAAGUACCCCUCCGCCUGGCCCUCGACCCAAUCGCACUUCAACCACGGCUCCAUGUUCUGGCUCGCUGGGCAAGAAGGUCUUUUGUCCAACAGUUCUUCCGCCUCCAACAUCCACGCCGGCCUCCGCACCCGCCUCUCUGGCACCGACCCCUCUGAUUUUGUCGAUGACUCCUCGCAAAACUGGCUGCGCAUCUCAGCAGACGAUAUCGACGACCUCGGCGGUCCCGCAGGCGUCAUAGCUGCCAUCAUGGACCAAUUUGACUUGAACGACCCCGAUCCAGACCCGGUGUACCUGUCCAUCGACAUUGACGUGCUUGAUCCGGCUUUCGCUCCAGGCACGGGCACGCCGGAGCCGGGAGGGUGGACGACCAGGGAGUUGAUAAGGAUUUUGAGAGGGCUGGUGGAUGUGCUGAAUGUGGUGGGUGCGGAUGUGGUGGAGGUUAGUCCGGCGUAUCAAGGGAGAGGGGAGGAGACGGCAUUGGCGGCUGCGCAGGUUGUCUAUGAAGUGCUGACGGGGAUGGUUAAGAGAGGGUUGAAGGACGGUUCUAGUGAGGAGAGGGCGGAGGGUGGUGUUGACAAGGCUCAUGAUGAACUUUGA